AUGAGUGCAAUAUUAUCAGCUGACGAUUUGAACGAUUUUAUCUCACCUGGUGUAGCAUGUAUCAAACCCGUUACGCAACCAAAAUCUGAACUAAAUCCACAACACGUUGAUUCAUCAUCAACAAUUUCUGAAACUGGUGAAGUCGAAAUCCAAAUCGACUCGCAAGGUAAUCCACUCGAAAUUUCUCAAAUAGAUACUAAAAUCAACAAGGCUGAUCCAUCAAGCACAGCUUUAACUCCAGCACAAAUAUCACUCGCCGACUGUUUGGCAUGCUCCGGUUGUAUUACCUCAGCAGAGGAAGUUCUUGUGGCGCAACAUUCCCAUCAUGAAUUACUUAAAGCAAUGGAGGAGUCAUCUCUGGCGAGUGGCACUGAGAAAGUCUUUGUAGCGAGUAUAUCCCAACAACUGCGUGCCUCACUAGCGAUGGCGUACGAUAUGUCUAUUGAAGAAAUGGAUAAAUUACUUAUUAAUUUAUUUGUCAACCAGAUGGGAUUUCAAUAUGUUGUUGGUACGUCAUUGGGAAGAAAACUAUCGCUCAUCAAUGAGUCCCAGGGAAUGAUUCAUAGGAAAGAAGAAGGAAAAACUAUUGGCGAAAAUUUGAAAAACCCAGUGCUAUCAUCAAUUUGUCCUGGGUGGGUUUUGUAUGCAGAGAAGACUCAUCCAUAUGUAUUGCCAUAUAUCUCGACUGUUAAGUCAGCGCAACAAAUUACGGGGUGCUUAUUGAAGAACUUGACUGCUUAUGAACGUGGAAUUGGGAAAAGCAAAGUGUACCAUUUAACUAUUAUGCCAUGUUUUGAUAAAAAAUUAGAAAGCGCAAGGCCUGAAUUGUUUGCGAAUCAUGAUGGCGCUGAUAAUGUGCCUGAUGUGGAUUGCGUGCUUACUGCGAGAGAGUUGGUCACAUUGAUUGAUGAGUCAUUGGGGAAAUAUCAGCUCGUACCGAAAGUGAUUCCUCAAACACUCCUAAGAAAGGAUAUUGCCGAGGUUUACAAAUCAGCAGCUCCCACAAAUUGGCCGUUUGUGCAGUACUCAUGGUCAAAUGAUCCUGGAUCAUCUUCAGGGGGAUAUGCAUAUACUUAUCUACGUUUAUUUCAAGAACAACUCAUCACCACUCAAAAUUAUAGACCAGAGGAUUUCAGCAUGAAGGUUCUCCAGGGCAAAAACACAGAUGUUUACGAGAUGCGACUUUUGCAUAAUGGAAACCAAGUUGCCAGCUCGGCCAUAGUGAAUGGGUUUAGAAACAUUCAGAAUUUGGUUAGAAAGUUGAAACCUGGUAAUAACAAUAAUAAAGUGGGCGGUCUGGCAAUCAAAGUCAACCCCUUAGUGGCACGAAGAAGGGCAAGGAUGAGCAAAUCUGAAGACUCGUCAGGUGCCUCUGCCAGCAGUAUGGCCCCAGCAGAAAUAGCUGAUCCUUCAAAGGUGGAUUAUGUAGAGAUCAUGGCGUGCCCACAAGGUUGCAUAAAUGGAGGUGGACAAAUUGCCGCACCAGCCCCAACAUCAACACCACCAGCAGCACCAGCACCAGCACAUGCUGCAACAAGUACGACGGAUGUCAAGAUAGCAGUUGUACUGAAUAAAGACUGGGUCAGUGAAGUGUUGAUGAAGUACAACAGUGUGCCAAUGUUUGAUUUGUCAUUACACCCUGAGGAGAUUGCUGGGUUUAUACAAUGGAGCCAGGAGUUUGAAAAGGAGUUUGAUGUGAGUGAACAAAGAUUGUUCAAAACACAUUUCAACGAGAUUGAGAAGCCUACAGAUGCAACAGCAAUAAUGGUGGGCUCAAAGUGGUGA